GACCCUCGAGACGCAGUUUAGAAAGAAAUUAGUUUCUGAUCAUGGUUAUGUCUUUUUAUCCGUCAUGGUUCACUUGGUGCCUGGCUCUGGCUGUAUUUCUGAGCCUGUUCCCCUGGAUGGAGGAGUCUGAAGGUCGGCCUCAGUUGGUUGGUUCCUCUGAGCCAAUCAGGGCUCCUGUGGGUGGUGAUGUCCUCCUGCCGUGUGUUGUGCAGCCUCAGAUCAACAUGGAGGAUUUGAAGGUGAUGUGGUGGAGGCCCGACAUCCCUGUUGACCCAAACAGGUACGUUCACCUGCACCUUGAACACCAGCAUCAGGAGGCCCAGACGAUGCCGUCGUACGCUGGGAGGACGGAGAUGUUCGCAGACGGCCUCAAACUCGGGAACGUUUCCCUCCGGAUCAGAAACCUGAAGCCCUCUGAUGACGGGAGUUACAGAUGUAUCAUCUCACACCUGGGGAUUGCUACCACCAUAAAGCUGGAAGUCUUUGAACCGAUCUCUGAUGACACUUUGACGACCACACAGUUUCCAGGAAAUCUCCAAACUCCAGAUCCAAAAAAUGAGACUGAUGUCAAAGUUGGUCAGCACAAUUGGAGCUCGUGGGUCGUGGUUCUGUCUAUCUGCGCCUUGUUGGUCGUGGCUGUUGGAGCUGGUGGAUGUUUCCUGAAACACAAGUGUCAAAGACGACAUGUAAGUCAGAAGGAAACAUGUGUUGCUGCUUCUUGAGUGUAUUCUGACUGAACGUCUCUAGAGGGAGACAGUUUAAUAAUUAUUAUUAAUUGUUAAUUAUUGUAAGUCAGAAGGAAAUUAGCAUUUAGUUUAGAGUUUGUAUCUUCAUACCAAGUGUUGAGCACAAAACAAAACAACUAGCACAAACAGAUAGUGAAAACAAAGCGGCAAUGCUAUAGGAGCCUAACGGUGUACUCUUAGACUCAUUUUGUUUUCUUUGUACUGUUUCUGUUUCUGAUUGUAUGUAAAGCGUCUAGUUUGGGCAUUAGGAAAAGCGCUAUCAAAGUCCAAUGUAUUAUUAUUAUUAUUGUACUUUUUCUUAUCACAGUAAAUGUAGCGUGUGUGUGCAUUAAGAGCUUUGAUACCCCACAGAUUGAUCACUAAAAACUAACUCACUGACGGUGAUCUACCAGCACUAAUGAAGUUAGUCCGGAUAUCACUAAUGUUAAACGGGAUCAAACUCGCCGUUACUUGAAUUACUGGACAGUUUUCUGACGUUAGCUAUGUAGCCAAGUUAGCUCAGUUACUCUCCUACACUGUAAACGUCAGCAAUAAGGUGCGGACGGUGCCCCCCCCAAUGCUGUCAGUGUCUUAUUUUAUAAAAUGAUGUAAAAAGUAUGUAAUGUAAUACAAAUAUAUAUUUUCUCCUA